UAAAUCAUGGGGACCCACUAAGGCUUAUCUGAUGGCAGUUUGAGAAUUCUUCCGCCCCACUUGUUCUGCCCAGAGAGGUCGGGGGUUUUGUUGUCAGGCUGGAACAAAUGGCCAAGUGGCUGAAAGAUUACUUGAGUUUUGGGAGCAGGAGGUCUCCUCCGCAGCCCCCCAAGCCCGACUACACGGAGAGUGAGAUUUUAAAGGCUUACAGAGCGCAGAAGAGCCUGGAUUUUGAGGAUCCCUAUGAAGACAGCGACAAUAAACUGGAGCCGGAUCCUGGGGGGCCGGGCUCCCCCAAUACGGCAGCUGCCAGUGGCUGUGGGGAAGGGAAAUACGCCUCCCCAAAACACAGGCUUAUCAAAGUGGAGUCCACCGACCUGAACAGGAGCAAAGCUCUGUUGGCGACGGCUGCUGAGGAACUCAAAGGCGGGCAAGGGCAGGGCGAUGGCGACAGCGAGUACUCUGACCCCUUCGACGCCCGCCGGGAGCAGCCAGGGGACGCCGAGGAGACGGCGCCGGAGAACAACGGCUACAUGGAGCCCUACGACGCCCAGCGGGUGGUGGCAGAUCUCCAGGGCAAAGGCGACUGGGAGGGCCGGUGGGGGCAGAAGUGCCAGCAGGGGCUGCAGCUUUACGACACCCCCUAUGAGGAGCAGGAGCGAGACCCCGAGGGUGGCCCAGCCAGCCCGGCCCGCGAGAGCCGCCUGCCCCAAGAUGACGAGCGGCCGGCGGACGAGUACGAUCAGCCCUGGGAGUGGAAGAAAGACCACAUCUCCCGGGCCUUUGCAGUGCAGUUCGAGAACCCCGACUGGGAGCGCCCCUCCUCCCGUCGGCCGCCGAAGCACCUGACGGCAGGCCCCAAGCACGGCCGAUCGCAGAGCCCAGAGCGCAGCCCCCCCGUGGCCGAGCGCGUGGACCCCUCGCUGCCACUGGAGAAGCAGGUGUGGUACCACGGCUCCAUCAGCAGAGCGGACGCCGAGACCCUGCUGACUCUGUGCAAAGAAGGCAGCUACCUGGUGCGGAACAGCGAAACCAGCCACCAUGACUACUCCCUGUCGCUCAGGAGCAGCCAGGGCUUCAUGCACAUGAAGUUCACCAGGACCAGGGAGAGCAAGUAUGUGCUGGGCCAGAACAGCGCCCCCUUCGAGAGCAUCCCCGAGGUCAUCCACUACUACACGGCUCGGGAGCUGCCCGUCAAAGGCGCCGAGCAGCUCUCGCUGCUGUACCCCGUCGCCGUGCAGACCCUCUGACGCAGCGGGGCGCUGGGUGCUUGCUGACCACGAGGAAGGGCUGCGCCGGCCCCAGCCCAGCCCCCAGGGGCGAAGGCCCGGCCGUUUCAGCACAGGGGACUCCUGCUCCGAAGCAGCAAUGGCUGCAAUCCUGCGUCCAACGCCCUCCAACCCCUGCGUCCUGCUCUGGGGGGGUGGCCUUUGUCCUGGAGGGUCCCACACAGGGAAGGGGUUAGCCUGGGGUCAUCCCUUCUAGCCACAUCUGGGAGCUCCUGCUUCGGGGCUGUUUGUCCGGGAGAUUCCCUUUCCCCUCCGCCCCCACCGUGGUCUCUCCUAUUCCAGGAUGCUGCUGGCCCUGAGGUCCUGCUGUGCCCUGCCCCAUAAAAUCUCCUCUGCCCUGCUCUGGGGGGCUCUGAGAGACACUCCCAGGUUACUUCCCCCUGCCACCUCCAGGCAGGUUUGAUCCCAGGGUUCCCCCUUCCUUUGUGCAGCCCUGGGAGCUGCCACGGUGGGAGGGAGGUUUCUAGCGUGUCCCGUCCUGGAUGGUCCCCACCAUCCUGCCCUGGGAGGGACACGCUCUGAGCACAAUAACAUGUAGAGGCAGUAGGUUCAUGUAACUGCCCUCCGGUGUCAUCUCGCCUGAGCCAGCUCCCGCCCCCACAACCUCCCUGGCCCCGAGCCAAGUGGGGCCCCUUCCCCCUGCCGUGUGUGUGCGGGGCCGUCCCGCCGUGUGUGCUCGUGCUGCCUUGGCAAAUAGGUUUCCAUUAAACGCCGUA